AAAUCACUCAUUAAAUUUCAUCACUAUAUAAUAAUAACAUACAUCUCUUCCAAAGUCAAUUUCUUCAUCCACCAUUCUUCCACAUUCACCAACUCCAACAAAAACAAAGAAAAAACAAAACUCCCUCUACAAUGGAAACCAACAACAACAUGAACCAAACGACCCCCGCAACCACGGAACCCGAGUUCGAAGACUUAUUACCCGUGAUGGCAGAGAAACUUGACGUCGAAGCCUUUGUAUCCGAACUAUGCAACGGUUUUAGGCUUCUUGCAGACCAAGAAAUAGGUUUGAUAACAAGUGAGAGCCUUAGGAGAAACUCAGCUAUGCUUGGUAUGGAAGGAAUGAGUAAAGAAGAUGCAGAAGCUAUGGUUCAACAAGGUGAUCUUGAUGGUGAUGGAAAGUUGAAUGAGACUGAGUUUUGUAUAUUGAUGGUUAGGCUUAGCCCUGAAAUGAUGCAAGAUGCUGAAACUUGGUUGGAGAAAGCUAUUGAAGAACAGCCAAGGAAUUGAAUCUUUGAGCUAGAUUUUGUUUUAUCCUUCUUCUGAUCAAUUCAAGUAAAAUAUGUAAAAAAAAAAAAAAACAUUAUGUGACUCAUGUUUGUGCUAAAGGGUGAUUUUCCUGCAUUUUCUA